GCAUGCGCAUAACGUGCGCUUUGGCCGCCGGGAUCCAAAUUGGAAUGCGGCGAGAGAGCGAGGACACAGCUAGCAGCAGGAGCGCGUUACUACCGGGGCAGGAGCCUCCAAACCCCGCCUUCCCCAUAACUCACGGCAAGUGGUCACCGCUCCGCCCGCUAUUUACUAAACCGAGAAGCUUGGGCGAUAAUCCCCCCCUCCCCUCUGUUGACUCGGUAGGAACUUUGCUGGAUGCUCUUGCUACAGCUGAAACAUGUUAGGGCAGCAGCAGCAGCAGCAGCAGCAGCAUUUCUAUUACUCCCCCGGGAGUAGUGUGGCAGGGAGCGGAAUGCUGGCCGCGGCGGCGACGGACGAGAGUCAGCUGGUGAGCUAUGUGGAGGAUUACUUGGACUGCGUGGAGUCCCUGCCGCUGGAGAUCCAAAGGAGCGUGUCUCUGUUGAGGGAGAUCGAUGCUAAAUACGGAGAAGCUCUUAAGGAAAUCGAUGAGGUUUUUGAGAAGUAUACGGAUGAAAGUGAUCCGAAUCAGAAGAAGCGCCUGCUACAACAGCUUCAGAGAGCUCUGAUUGUAACACAGGAGCUGGGAGAUGACAAGAUACAGCUUGUAACGCAGGUAUUCGAAAUGGCAGAGAACAGGACCAAGCAAAUAGAUUCGCUCUGCCAGGGGUUCUUUGACGUCGAGGAAAAUGAAAAAUCCACAGAGAAACUGAAAGCUGAAACCAAUUCUGUUGAGCGGUCAUCCCGCAGACCUCGUAGGCAACGCAACAGCGAGAGCCGGGACUUGUGCCAUUUGGUCAAUGGUAUGGAUGAUGGGGACGAGCAGCCCCAUAAGGAAAAGAAGACUAAGUCUAAAAAGAGGAAACGCUCCAAAGCCAAGCAGGAAAGGGAAGUGUCGCCUAUUCCUUUUGCAAUUGAUCCUAAUGAGCCCACGUACUGUUUGUGUAACCAGGUGUCUUACGGAGAAAUGAUAGGCUGUGACAAUGACGAGUGUGCUAUAGAGUGGUUCCAUUUCUCCUGCGUUGGACUCACCUAUAAACCAAAAGGGAAAUGGUACUGUCCUGACUGCAGGGGGGACAGUGAAAAAACCAUGAACAAAAAUAUGGAAAAAACAAAAAGGGACAGACGGUCGAGGUAGAAGAUAUAUAUAUUUUUUUUUAUUGCUUUUGUUUUUUUGUUUUUUAAUAUUUGGUGUUUUAGAUGAAAAUGCAAUAAUUUUAAUAGGAGUGUAAUAUUAAAAUAGUUUUUUUCUUUUUAGGUUCUGCCUUUUUCUUUUCAGCCUGCCCGUGCUAUUCUGAGUUGCUUAUUAAAAUUUAAAAUAAUGAACAAAUUGUAUAAACCUGCUUAGAAAUAUAGCACUUCACCAGUGCAAUUUAU